AAAAAUAGAUACAGAAAUGACAAAGUUGUUGAAGCCAAUGAGCCAUUGAUGAUGUGGUGUGGGUGGUGCUACUGAUAGUGAUAAGGUUGUUCGUCACUGUUCCUAACUCUCUUAACUUUGUCCGGUUUGAAUCCUUGAACCGGAAUGGACUGGCUUUGGCUCGACGCUAGCGGCCUGCCCUGAGCAGUUCAACAGAUUCCAGAUUGUCUGGUAGCUGUUCAUAUUAUAUACAUAUAUAUCUACCAUACCCAUGGCCAAACUCCCCUUCACAACCAAACACCUCUUCUUCACUCCUUCUUUCAAACCCUUAACAACCCGCUUCACCACCAUGUCCGCCACUAAACCGCACCCGUCUCUCGAACUCAGCGGCGGUGGUCUCGACUCAUUUCUUCCGGCUUUCACCACUCUUAACCAACCCUAUCAAGCCUACCCCAUCGUGGGCUCCAACACCCACGUGGAAACUAUUUUUGCCUAUUACUUCAGGUCAACCCCUGAUGUCAGGUUUCGCCGUCAGUGUCUCCGGACCAAAGAUAACGGCACCGUUUCACUUGAUUGGAUCGUUGGCGAUGAUCGUAACUUGUCCCCCAAGUCUCCUGUUCUCAUUUUGCUGCCGGGGUUGACAGGAGGAAGUGGGGAUUCGUACGUACGUCAUAUGUUAUUGAGAGCGAGAAAGAAGGGGUGGCGCGUGGUGGUUUUCAACAGCCGUGGUUGUGGUCAUGGCCCUGUUACCACACCUCAGUUCUAUUCAGCAUCAUUUCUGGGGGAUAUUAGUGAAGUAGUAGAGCACGUUUCCAGUCGUUACCCGGAUGCAAAUUUGUAUGCUGCCGGUUGGUCUCUUGGAGGAAACAUUAUCGUUAAUUAUUUAGCUCAGGAAUCGGAAAAUUGCCUCCUUUCUGGUGCUGUGUCGUUGUGUAAUCCUUUCAAUUUGGUUUAUGCCAAUGAGGACUUACGUAAGGGAUUCAAUAUAGUUUAUGACAAAGCACUUGCAUCUUCACUGCGCAGAAUCUUCAAGAAGCAUGCUCCUCUAUUUGAAGAAAUGAGCGAUGAGUAUAAUAUUCCGGCAGCUGCCAAUUGUAAAUCCAUUAGGGAAUUUGAUGAAGCGUUGACAAGCGUUUCUUUUGGUUUUAAAUCUGUGGAUGAUUACUACUCUAAAUCAAGUAGCUCGAACUCUAUACAACGUGUAUGCAAGCCUUUACUAUGCAUCCAGGCCGAAAAUGAUCCGAUUGCUCCUGCUAGAGCGAUUCCUCGAGAAGCUAUCAAUGCGAACUCAAAUUGUAUGUUGAUUGUUACACCUGAAGGUGGACACUUAGGGUGGAUUGCGGGUGAUGAAGCUCCCUUUGGAUGUCCUUGGACGGAUCCUGUGGUGAUGGAUUUUCUCGAAUAUUUAGAGAAAAUAAAAUCAAACUCUUUUUUUAAACCAGAUGAAAAGACCCACGCAUUACAGGCAACUGUAAAUUAAAGACGGUAUCAUAUAAUAAGAACGUUAAAGAUCCAUGUCUAAGAUUGUGACAAUUUGCAUGUGAAAGCUUGCUAGCAUAUAUUUUGUGAUGCUCAUAAUUAUUCUUAUUAUUAUAUAUGUGGUUUGUACUGGCUCUUAUUGGACUUUCUUUGAAGUUGUAUUUUUGUUUAUGUAUUUUAUAAAGUUGGUAUUUUUGUCA